CUAGGACCAACCUAAUUUGCCUAACCACAAUAUAAGAAAAAUAUUAAAAUUGUAUUUUUAUUUUUAAUAUUGAUAUCUAUGUAUGGGUGUGAUCAUCAUAACGAAAGUAAAGCUCGUAAGCUUGUUUUCGUCUAACAAUUAAACCGAUACAUAGGCUAUAGAAUUAUGGUAAACUCUGUCUGUAAUACAGAUAUCACCUAAUAAGGAGUGGGGCAAAGUUUAGCUGGUAAGAUAACACAGCUGGGAACCUGCUUGUGAAUGACUGUGGUUACAGACUUCAGACUAAUUUUACUUUACGGACUAUCUCUGAAGAAGACAUUAUUCGACACGUUUCUGAGUUGCAUGGUAUGAUAAACCUUAGCUUGAAGACUCUGGUGGGCAUUGCAGGAGUAGGAGGCAUGGUUACUGCCCUGACAGGCUACACUCUCCAUGGCAUUUUACAGAACAGAGUGCGAGACUCUCCUGUCUAUAAAGAGGCCAUGAAGAUAAUAAACAACCACCCAGCUGCCAGUCAGCUCCUGGGCAAACCAGUCCGCAGCUCCAACAUCGAUGUGUCUGACAAAACAAAUGUCCUUUCAGCUCUAAUGUCAAGACUGCAGCUGCCCAUUUAUGGACCAAAAUGCAAAGGGAUCCUCUACAUCUGGGCUGACAGGUUGUCUAUAGAAGAACAGUGGAAUAUUUACAGAUUAGAACUGGAACUUCUUGAUGAGCUUGGCGGACGCCUCACUAUUCUUAAUACAGAGCCUGUAAUGGAAGGACUAAAUGUGAGUUAGUAAUUCACCGUUUUUACUUUUCAUCAAUCUUGUUAAUCUGCUACCUCAUUUUCACAGGGUUGUUUACAAAGCAAUGUACCAUAUAUGAUUGUGUAAAUAAAAUGUCUAUUGGUGGUCUGUUA